UACUGUAGAGCUAAUAAAUCAAUGUUCAUAUUAGUCUAGGUUUGAGGGCAUGAGAAAAAAAGUCAGUUGUCACACUUUCAAAAUGUAUAUCGGACACAGAAGUGGCGGAUAGAGCUCCACACAGAGGCAAUAUAUAUCAGAUUUGCAAAUUAUUAAUAGAAAAGUACAUUCAAGAUGAAAGAGAUCAUCGAGGUUAUAGCACUUUUCCUAGGUUUUGUAAGCUGGAUAAUGAUUUUUAUAUCACUACAACAUCAGUAUUGGAAAGAAUCUACCCAGGAUGGCAGCGUAAUUAUAACCUCCGCAAUCUAUGAGAACCUCUGGAUGUCUUGUGCUAGUGAUUCAACAGGGGCAUAUAACUGUCGACACUUUCCAUCUCUUUUUGCUCUCCCAGGGUUAAUUCAGGCCUCCCGGGCACUCAUGAUCACUUCCAUUGUGUUGGGGACGUUUGGGCUCGUGGCUACUCUCACAGGAAUGCAGUGCUCAAAAAUAGGAGGAGAGAACUACAUCCUGAAGGGGAGGGUUGCUGUAAUCGGAGGAGUGUUCUUUUUACUACAGGGGAUGUGCACCAUGAUUGCUAUAUCUUGGUAUGCAGCCAACAUCACAACACAGUUCUUUGACCAGUUUUAUCCAGGGAUAAAGUAUGAGAUUGGAGAGGCCUUGUAUAUCGGCUGGUCUUCAGCCAUACUUGCCAUUUGUGGAGGUUCAUGCCUAAUGUGUGGUUGCCAAGCUAAUACAAAAAAACGAUUUCCAUACCAACCAUCCACCACAGAACACAUGCUGUCAACUGGGGCAACGUCUGAGUCUGUCCCAAGCAACUAUGGCAGAAAUGUGUAUGUCUGAGAGGUUGCACUAACACUUGAUCACUGUAUAGUAGUUUAACCCCAGUAACCUGUCAGCGCCACCAUUUUGAUUUAUUAACUUUAUCCAAUCUAAACCCGUUUGUUUUAUAACAGGUUAUAUAAUUUGUAAUAUUAUGGACUGUGAAAAGUACUCACAUAUAGAGUAUGUACCUUGUUAAUUUACUGUCAGCUUACAGAGAGAAAAUGCAACAUAAUGAAAACAGAAAUAAACAUGGAAAGUAAUUGCUGCUGUGAUUGAACAUGUCCAGAAUGUGGUGGGAAUCCCAGUAUAGGACCUUUUCAGCCUUUAAUAACAGAACCUUUAAAUUUCCUUUAUUAUUAUUGCUACAGGAUAACUUGUUAAUAAGAAAAAUGUUACAAGAAAGCUAAUGAAUAUGACAGGAAAAAUCUGAUCCUCUGACCUCAGGGGACUAUUACUUACUUUAUUUUAAAGGUUUAAGAUUUUUUUUAAAACACUCUCCUGUUCAUGACUUUUUUUAGUAUAUAAAGUGUAAUCAUUUGUUAUACACAUGUAUUAUCACACCUUCCUUAGGUUUUCUACUUGAUAAAUAAUCAAGUUCUGGAUUUAAAGAAAAUAAUGUUCCUUGGUAUCUAUCAAGAUCUGUAAUAAGGAGUAAAUGUGUGACUUUUCACUGUACAAAAGCCAUAAAGGAAAUUUGUAAUUUUAACUUGGAAUUGUGAUAGUUGGUGUACUGCGAUUAUAUACUGGUCCAGUAUAUAAUCACAGUACAUCAAGGGUUCCACACAGUGUGAUUUUAUUUUCACUCUUACCUCUGAAACCAAUCUCAACACUUGAGUAACAGGGCUGAAACAAAUGCAAACAUAGCUUUUGGGCUUGUUAAUCUUUUUUGCUAUGUGUAUAUUUCAAGUGUAAUGUCAUACAGUUUUCUUCUGGGUGAUUUUACAUGCAUGUCUGUGGAUUUUCAUGUUUUAUAUACAAUUAAAUAUAAUUUUCAGUGACUGCUUCUGAUGAAUACAGCCGCUGAGCAAUGGGCCUAAAUGUCAUUGAUAAAAAGAAUACCAGUUCACAUGUUCAAAUAAAAGGAGUUUGGGGUUACAGAGCUUGUUUGCA